GUGACGUCACAUGUGACGUCACCUGUUAUCGUUUACGAGCAACACGCGUUCCUCAAAUUUGAAAGCAAUUUCUGGUCGUUUAGUCUCCAACGGAAUGCCUAUUCGACAGUUCAAACGCCUCUUUGGCCACCGAUGGCCGCUUCGACUCGACGGAAACCGUCAGCAUAGCUCUUUCGUGAGGAUCGUCGAAGUCGGGCCCAGGGAUGGCCUGCAAAAUGAGACGACGACCGUUCCGACUGACGCAAAAAUAGAACUUAUAAAUAAACUCAGUGACACCGGCCUCAAGACAAUCGAAGUUACGAGUUUUGUCAGUCCGAAAUGGGUACCUCAAAUGGGUGAUAACUUAAAAGUUUUUACUGGAAUAACAAAGAAACGCGGGAUUUCUUACCCUGUUUUGGUACCGAAUACCAAAGGGUUAGCGCAAGCAAUUGCAGCCGGCGCCGAAGAAAUAGCCGUUUUCGCCUCGGCUUCAGACGGCUUUUCCAUGAAAAAUGUUAACUGUAGCGCAGAAGAGGGAGUAAAUCGUAUCAAAGCGGUGACGGAUGAAGCCAAAAAGAAUAAUUUAAAAAUACGCGGCUACGUUUCUUGUGUUGUCGGAUGUCCUUAUGAUGGCGAAGUGAAACCUUCCGCUGUAACAAAAGUAACGGAGGCUUUGUUAAAUUUGGGCUGUUAUGAAGUAUCGUUGGGCGAUACUAUUGGGGUUGGAACUAGAAAUAAAAUUCAAAAUAUGGUUAAAGAUGUUUUAAAUGUUGCCGACCCCAACCAAUUAGCUAUUCAUUGCCAUGACACGUACGGCCAAGCGUUAGUUAAUGUUUUAACAGCUUUAGAAAUGGGUAUCACGGUGGCUGAUUCUUCGGUAGCCGGGUUGGGUGGAUGUCCCUAUGCGAAAGGAGCAACCGGAAAUGUUGCCACGGAAGAUUUAGUUUAUAUGUUACAUGGAUUAGGUGCUCAAACCGGUAUUGAUCUGAAACAACUUGUUAAAAUAGGCCACUUUAUAUCUGAAAUUAUCAAUAAACCUCCUGCCUCUCGCGUUAAUAAUGCUUUAUACAAAAAAUAUGAAUUUUAACUUUAAUGAAUAUUAAUUUGUAAAUUAUAAUUUUUAUAGCAAUCGAGUAUAUUUCAAGAUUUUCA